AUGGAUACUUACUACACUAACCCCGCCCCCCAAGAUGGGUUCGCAAGACGCAGCACCUCCUCAUCUCAAGCUGGAUAUUACGGGGGCUCCGCGACUCCUCCGGUGGUCUACCAGCAAAGCGGAUCCCGUGGUUUCUCGGCCUCUCGCAACUUCGCCGACGUGGAUGCUACCGGUAGAUCUAUGGGACAGACGAAUCCAAUGGAUUACCCGGCCUACUACAACCCAUCUUCGUCUUCGUCCAAGUAUAGACGCUACUCUAGCGCUUCAAUGGGUCCCGUUGGACAGCCACCUCGUCAUGUUUCCAUACAUGCUGAGUGGGAUAGACCGGCCAAGGUCUCCCAAGAUGGAUAUCUGCGCGAUCCGGAGUCAUCUCGAUCCUACGAGCAUGCAGAGUAUAUGAUAGAGACGAGCAGCAAGCCUCGUAAUAGCGACAAGCCGCCCAAGAAUAACAGCACUAAGUAUCACUCUCAAAGACGAGCAUCCAACCGGGAUGAGUUCGACGGACCGCACCAAUUGCUCAACCCGCCAUCUCCAAAGACCAUCGCCGCUCAGGACCGUGAGCUACCAGGCUUGCCUACUAAUCUCGAUGUCUCAGAGCAAGACCGCAUUCUAUGUGAGGUUAAUGACCGCCUCUCUCAAUGCGCGUUUAAUUUUGUGGCCAAAUAUCAAUUUCCGAUUCCGAUUGAGCCGGAUAAAAGACAGGUGAGGGUACCAGCAGACCGGGAAUGGACCGAAUGGGUUUACCUUUUGAAAAGACUGGCCACCAAGCGCCGGAUCCCCGCCCGGGUUCUCUAUAAUGGCCAGAUUAAACAACUUGUUACCGUUUUGGAAAAUUCCCUGGAGAUGCGCCAUGCUGCCAAGCAUCAAUCCAGGCCUGUAAAAGAUGACCGGAAUGUCCUUCAGCUUAUUUCCGCUGGAACUCAGGUUGCCAAAAUCCUCAAGGAUGCCACUGCCAUGGAGUAUCUCGACCGUCUUUACCAGGAGACGGAGAGACGGAUCAAAGACAGACAAACCCGUCGAGUCAAAUUCGCCGCUUGA